CUUAGAAAACGAAGAAUAACAAUGAACCUUAAUCAAAGACAAUCGACCAAGGCCCCGUUUAAAAACAGAAGGCUAAGACCAUGUCAUCUUGACUACGCUGAUGAACGUCUUUGGGAACUGACUUAUUUGAGGGCCAAAUGCAAGGAGCUGAAAUUGGAGGAGGAGUACAGGAAGUAUCAGAUCCGCCUGAUGAUCAGUAAUCUGUCCGUUUUCUAUGUUUUGUUUAUUCUUGUAUGUGUUAGUUUUCUAGCAGUUGAACUGAUUUUCGUAACGAACUUAAAAGGCAUCUACUUUGAUUUAAUUACCAGGCAAUUGUCGUUUACCGUAGUACUAAUUAUACUAAGCGUCAAUUUUUGCGAAAACUUUGUAACUCGCCACCGGUGGGUCAUGAUUUUCACCUCUGUUUUGUCUGCAUAUGUUGUGGUAGCUAUGGAUAUAACGCAGAAUUUGUUUCAUUAUUUCACGGGCGGCUGGCCCCUUAAUGCCACAUUUGACGUCUUCGUGCUCUGCAUGAUCUACAUGUUUAUGCCAAUACCCUCAAUUAGGGGAGCAGCCCUACUCGCCACCUCAGUCAGCCUCGUUUACGUAUCCUAUUACAUGUACUCACUCUCAUUUACCAGAGUGUUCGUCGAGCGCAGAGCUCACGCCUACGAUAUACUAUCCGUUGAUAUUUUACACAACGUGGGCUUCAACAUGAUGGGUAUAUUUUUCCGAAUCAUGAACGAGACUAUGGUUCGUGCCUCCUUCCUGGACCGCCACCAGUUCAUAGUGGAGGAGAAGUGGUUGCGCCACGCCCUGCAACAGGAGUCUAUGCUUCUGGACAGCAUCCUGCCUCCCCAGAUAGCGAAACCCAUCCAGGACAGCAUCAAGAACAAGAUCAAGCAAAACGAUAACGAGUUCGACCGCUUCAGCGCGAGAGGUGUCUGGAGAAGGGAAACCUUUAUGGCCAUCCAGAUCCAUCCCGAUGUCUCCAUCCUCUACGCAGAUGUGGUGAACUACACCCACUUGACAACGACACUGACGGUGGAGAACCUAGUGAAGGUCCUGCACGAUCUGUAUGGCAGAUUCGAUAUGGCUGCCUCUACUUUCAAUGUGCAGCGCAUCAAGUUCCUGGGUGAUUGCUACUAUUGUGUGGCGGGACUAACGACGCCCGAUCCAGAUCACGCGAAAUGUGCCGUGUCCUUGGGCAUUUCCAUGAUUGCCAACAUCCAGGAAGUGCGGGCUGAACGUAAAUUGGACAUCGACAUGCGCAUAGGAGUACAUUCAGGAUCACUUAUUGCAGGCGUUAUCGGCGAGGCGAAGCUGCAGUAUGAUAUAUGGGGUGCUGACGUUGAGAUCGCUAAUCGACUGGAGGCUACUGGAAGACCGGGAUUCGUACACAUUAGUGGACGGACCUUAAGUAACUUGAACCUUGCUAAUUAUACAAUAAUGUCGGGUUCAGAAAAAGCACGAAAUGAUCCGUUGCUCAAUUCAAUGAGUACCUAUCUAAUAACUGGUCACAUAAACCGUAGUUCAAUCGCAUCCACUAUGGAAGGAGUUUUAUCCGGAUCGAGUCUUGACAUUAAACCUGUAGACACUGUACGAUCGAACAGAGCAAGUCGCACUUCAUUGACUGAAGAGUUGCGCGAAGAGUUCCGGAAUAUGCCAGUUGGGGGCUUCGACUUUCAUUCACCUUGCUGCCGUCAAGCUGGUAAUGACACCCAUAAGAAAACGGAGCGCGAAAUCGGGCUUUUUUGUGCGGCGUUCAAGGACAAAUCUCUGGAAUGGAAUUAUAUGCACCAACCCGACUUCAUCUUUAAGUCCUCGGUGCUACUGGCCUGGGGAAUCGGGUGCUGCCUGAUCUACAUCCAGAUAGUGACUAACAAUUUUUCUUGCCCUGUUUGCAUUGUGGUCGACUUGAUUACGUUUUUAUUUCUGACUUCUCUGCUCUGCAUAUCGUGGUACAAGAAAUUAUGUUGGUGGAAAAGUGGACGCUAUGCAUUUAAAAUGCAUGGUGAAUACAGCUGCAUGGUUUUUCACCUGUUUGAGAAGAUCCAACAUAGUGUGACCCUGCGCAUUGGCACCUAUUUGCUGAUCAUAAUUUCCUACUACGCGGUGAUCUCCCUGAUAAUGAUAAACUGUGACCGCGACAUGUAUGAGCUGAGUUACAUCGAGAGCAAGCUCUUUCACUACGAAAUGGAUCCGGAUAUCUGCUUCCAUCCGUGGUCCUUUACCAACAUGAUUUCCCUGAUCCUUGGCAUAAGCUAUACCUUCGCGCGCAUCCCAUUCGCCCUCAAGAUAUUCGUUAGCUGCUGCGAAACCGUCGCCUUCGUCUUGAUCGUGUUUUUCCAGUUCGCGUUCAUUUUCCAGCACAGUGCUACCACGACCCCGUUUAUGAGAGCUGAAAUAGCGCACUGUCUUCGGGUGUGCAUGAUGUUAGCCACCAUGUAUGCAAAGGAGCGGCAGUCCGAAUUUAACACAAAAAUGAACUACAAGCUCAACGUGGAUUUGCAAAACAAGCAAAAGGCGGCCGACGUUACAAACCAAUCAAUAAUAAUUCUGCUCAAUAACAUUCUUCCCUCUCAUGUUGUCGACCUAUAUCUUAAUUCGUUAGCCAAACACGAGCUCUACUAUGAAAAUUAUCAGAUGGUGUCGGUCAUGUUUGCAAUGUUGAUCAAUUUUCCAAUGAAUUUGCCCAGCUUACGAGUGCUCAACGAUAUUAUAACCGAAUUCGAUAGACUGUUGACAGCCUAUAGGGAAUAUUAUGUUGUUGAGAAAAUUAAAGUCGUUGGUUGCACUUACAUGGCAGCAUGUGGAUUGGAUUUCAAUUUGGCCUCAAACGUCCGCCAAAGCAGUCACAUUCGCCAUAGCUCACUUCAUAUUGAGGUGGAACAGGCGCGAAAUCUGAGGAUGACGGAUGAUAACUAUGACAGCGAUGUCAACGAUGGCAACGACGAAGUGGUCUUUAUAAUGACCACGUUCGCUCUGGACCUGAUGCGAACACUCUCGGCGUGCAACAAGGCUUACUCGGAUUCUUAUUUCGAGCGCUCCUUAUCCAGCGGUAAGAUCUGCAUUGGAAUCUCCAGUGGCGAGAUAAUGGCCGGCGUGGUGGGGGCUUCCCAGCCGCACUACGACAUUUGGGGAAACCCGGUCAAUAUGGCCUCCCGAAUGGAAUCAACGGGGCUGCCUGGCCACAUCCAGGUGACAGAGGAGUCCGCCAAAAUUCUCCAGGAGUUCGACAUUCUGUGCAUCUACCGCGGCAUGACCUUUGUUAAGGGCCGUGGUGAAAUACCCACAUACUUCGUAGGCAUCGAUGAAAACCUGAAGUUCAUGUCCGCGAAAUUGGCCAAUCAGAGUUCGUCAAGACGCUUUUCAGUCAUGUCUUCACUAGAUCCAGACUCUGUUGGUAGGGAUUCUUCUAGUUAUGAGUGUUCGAGCGAAUAG